AUGGAUCCUGGGCCACCUCUCGUCGUCGACAACGGUACCGGUUUCGUCAAAGUCGGAUACGCAGGCUCCAACUUUCCCGAGCAUGUAUUUCCUUCUAUUGUUGGCCGUCCCAUUCUCCGAGCUGAAGAACGAGUUGGCAACGCGACCAUUAAAGAUAUCAUGAUUGGCGAUGAAGCAGCAGAGAACCGAAACUACCUUCAGAUAACGCAGCCGAUGGAGCACGGAAUCAUACGCAACUGGGAGGAUAUGAAACAUUUGUGGGACUACACCUUUGAUGAGAAGCUCAAAGUGGAUCCCAGGGGACGGAAAGUGCUGCUGACAGAGCCCCCGAUGAAUCCAAAGGUGAACAGGCAGAGGAUGUGCCAAGUUAUGUUCGAGGAAUACGGAUUUGAUGGAGUGUAUGUUGCCAUCCAGGCCGUGUUGACGUUGUAUGCGCAGGGAUUGACAACGGGUGUCGUCGUGGACUCUGGCGACGGCGUGACUCAUAUUGUUCCGGUAUACGAUGGAUUUGCGAUGCCCCAUCUCACACGGCGACUUGAUAUCGCAGGGCGCGACGUAACGAGAUAUCUGAUUAAGCUGUUGCUGAGACGGGGAUAUGCAUUGAAUCGAACAGCAGACUUUGAGACGGUGCGAGCGAUCAAGGAGAAACUCUGCUACGUCAGCUACGAUUUGGAGCUUGAUACACGUCUUUCAGAGGAGACCACAGUGCUAGUCGAAAGCUAUCAGCUCCCUGACGGACGGACAAUUAAAGUUGCAGAGGAGCGAUUCGAAGCUCCAGAAUGCAUGUUCCAACCACACCUGAUCGAUGUGGAACAGCCUGGCAUCGCGGAAACGCUCUUCCAAACCAUCCAGGCCGCUGCUGUUGAUGUCCGCUCUGAGCUUUAUAAGCACGUCGUUCUUUCUGGUGGAUCGAGUAUGUACCCAGGGCUUCCUAGCCGGCUGGAGAAAGAGAUGAAGCAGCUCUAUCUUGUCGAGGUGCUCAAGGGUGAUCCUUCGAGGUUAAAUAAAUUCAAAAUCAAGAUUGAGGAUCCUCCCCGGAGGAAGCACAUGGUCUUCCUUGGCGGUGCCGUCCUAGCAGAUAUUAUGAAAGGCCGAGAAGAGUUCUGGAUAACACGCGAAGAAUGGUUCGAGCAGGGUAUACGCUCCCUAGAUAAGCUCGGCAGAGGAGAUUAG